AUGGAUAAAAAAAUAUUUACAUUAGUAUUUAAUAACACAGUUCUAAAUACUUUAAUUUUCAAUCAUGUAGUUAGUAUUUCAAGUAUGAACAACAGUAGAGAGCAUUACAAAUGGGAUAGAGUGCUCAAUCAACCAGCGGUGUUAGCUUCUCAUGGCUAUGUAGAUCAACUUAAAGAAUAUCUCAAUGACGCAGCCAGAACUAUUAAUUUGAACGGUGGCUUCCCAAUAUUUCAGAGUGCAAUCAGAGGUGGAGACUUGAAAACACUGGAAUUCCUAUUGGUGCGCCUUCAAAUUGAAAGGAGAACAGCGGUAGAAGCCACUCACGGCGAAGAAUAUGGUUUUCUCAAUACUUUGCUAACGUGUUGUUCGAUGUAUGGCAAGCUACAUUUGAUUAAAUAUCUUUUGGAUCGGUUCCCAAAUCAUCAGUGGAAUUAUAAAAGACCAUUUGUAUCUUCACCCUAUUCAAGUGAUAUGGAGAUUGUCAAGUUCUUUGCUGCCAAAUUGGAUGAAUAUCCAGACCAACUUCUAUCGGAAAAGAAUGGCAACGUAUUUAAUGUAGCUGCUGUUAAAGGAGAUAUACCUAUGAUUCAAUGGCUGAUAGAGAAUAGAUCCGAAGAUUUGGACAGUUCUGACAUGUUUUUUUCGGGAGUCAAUGGAAAUCAUCUACAUAUCUUAAAAUAUGUAUUGUUGGAACAUAGCAGUUUGUUUGACCCUACGAGCACUAAAUACAUAUCAUCUUCUCUAAAUGAUCCAAGCAGAUUUGAAAUCUUCAAAUUUGUAUUUGGUUUGGGAUGCGCAUGCCCAAGCAAUAUAAUGGAUAUGGCAUUGCAAGCAAAUAAUUUAGAAGCCAUGAAAUGGUUGCAUUCCAAUACUUUGUAUAGAUGUGCAUAUAAUUCCAUUGAUGUAGCAGCGCGCUCUGGUCGUUUGGAUAUCGUUCUAUGGUUGAAUGAGAAUUGUACUACAAAACCGACAUUCGAAGCAAUGAAUGGUGCCGCUGCCGCGGGUCAUUUGCAUAUUGUACGCUGGCUUCAUGAGAAUCGUACUGAAGGAUGCUCAGUUGAGGCAAUUAACAGAGCGGCAAUAAAUGGUCAUUUGGAAACCGUUAAAUGGUUGUACGAGAAUCGUACAGAAGGCUAUUCACCAUCGGUAUUCGAAACGGUUCCAAUGGUUAGAAACGUUGAAUUACUUGAAUGGUUCGAACAGAGCAUGGGUGAUCCACAGAGCGAUAGAAUACUUUUCAAUGCUGCUCUUUUUGGUACUGCCAAAUCGGUGGAAUUCUUACAUCAAAAGAAUAAAGUGAACAACAGAUUUGGAUUCUCAAAGAAAAUAAUGGAUGCUGCAUCCUCCAACAGCUUGGAAAUAGUACAAUUUCUACAUGAAAAUCGUACUGAAGGCUGUACAGAAGAGGCAUCUCUUCAUGCCUUCAAUAACGGCAAAAUAGAUACUCUUGAGUGGUUGUUGGCAAACCGAACCGAAUGUACCAUCAAAUCAAUAGAACGUGACAUAAUCAAUAAAAUCGAAAGAUUUACACCGUUGAAAUAUAGUUCAUUGGAAUGGGCUCUAAAAAAUAUUUCAAUACCUGUCGAUAAGUUGGUACUCUAUCUUUGGGAAAUCAAGAUCAAAUUGCCAUGGUUCUUUGAAAUACAUGACCUUUUGGCUGACUACAUUUCAAAAAAUAAAUAA